AUCUCUAAAUUUCUUAUUUAUUCACGUCAUUAUUUUUUAAGUCUAAUACAUCCAGGAGCGUGCCCAUAUCAUAUAUACAAUCUAAUGAAUUAUCACCAAUCCUUGUGAACACUGCUCAGGUUGAAAAGUAGAACUUCAUGCGUGCCCAGAAAGCCCUGUCUCCCUGACUACAACCCCCCUUGUCCCUCCCCUGAGAUAACCAUUAUCCUGCUCUUUCACACCACAGUUAACUUCAGCUGCUUUGAACUUCAGGUAAAUGGCAUCAGUGAGUGCGCUAUAGGUCCUGACAUCUUUUGCUCAGUGUUGUGUUUAUGAGGUUCAUCCGUGUGGUUGUGGUUGAGUGAUGUUCACUGAUUUUCAUUGCUGGAUAGAAUUCGAUUGUAUUUCUGUAUCAUAACUUACUUAUCCAUUCUAGCGUUGAUGGACCUUUGGGUUUCUUUGGUUUUGGCCGUUGCUGCAUUCAGCCGUGAAAGCUUUUGUACCUGUCUCCUGUAGGCAUGCGUCCGCAUUUCCAUUGGGUAUGUUCCUAGAAGUGGAAUGACUGGGUCCUAGGCACAUGUUCAGUGUUUUCAGAAACUGCGGAAUUGUUCACCAACGUGGCUGUAACGGUUUUCACUCCCAGCAGCAGGGUUUCUAUUGUUCCAUAGCUUUGCCAGCACUUGGCAUUUUCAGUCUUCCUGGUUUUAGCCUUGUAGUAGGUGUAAAGUGAUAUCUUGUUUGUAUUUCUCUGAUAACUAAUAUAAUUGAGCACCUUCUCAUGUUUAUUGGCCAUUUGGUUAUGGUCUUUCAUCAAGUAUCUACUCAAGUUUUUGGCCCAUUAUGAUAUUAGAUACCUGUAUUUUCCUUAUUGAUUUGUAGGAGUUCUUUAUAGAUUCUGGAUAAGCACCAUUUGUUGGUUAUAUGUGUUUCCAACCAAACUUAAGCUUUAAAUGUGCCUGGAGAACAUCUACCAGGUUGACUAUGGGAGCCCCACCCCCCUUCCCACCAGCACAGUAUAACGCUGGGGUGGAGUAUGGUUUCCCAGUGAGAAUUCAGACCGCCUGCCCGUGGCCUCCUCUUUCCUGGUACUGGGUUGUGACAGGAUGCCCUUUCUUCUUGAUGUGCAGGGUCCUUGUGGGUGCACCAAAGGCAGAUUCCAAGUACAGCACGUCAGUGAAGUCCCCGGGGGCUGUGUUUAAGUGCCGCAUCCACACCAACCCUGACCGGAGAUGCACCGAACUGGACAUGGCUCGAGGGAAGAGUAAGGGGACGUCCUGCGGAAAGACCUGCCGGGAGGACCGGGAUGAUGAGUGGAUGGGGGUGAGCCUGGCCCGGCAGCCCAAGGCCGACGGCCGAGUCCUG